CCCCCAAACUGGAUAUUGAAAAAGAACGUCACCAGCCUUACAAAUUUAGCUUUAGCCAAAAUUAGCUUGGCGUACAAACUGAGUAUUUUUCUUAACAGCUGACCAUACCGGGGUACCGGUUAUUUAUUUGGUGUUCUCUGGUUUAACAAUACGAAACAUGUAUAUCAAAGCCUUACCCCGAUGCAGGGACAUGCUGAAAGGAGAACUGACCGUGUGAAUGCUGGUUAGCGUCAGUAAAGCUAACUGACGAGCAGGGGCCGAGAGACCAAAGUAGCUACCAUUAACGGAAGCUAAUCCUGUCACAACAAGCCUGGGCACUUAAACAUACCUGACCCCGGAGCUACGAGAAGGACUGACUGACUGAAUUAUUUCCUAUACUACGAAGUAGCAGUGGGUCUCUAGAGGCCAGAGCCAUGGGUGCGUUCCUAGACAAACCCAAGACAGAGAAGCACAAAUUGCAUGGUGAAGGUAAUGGCCUGCGCUAUGGCCUAAGCUCCAUGCAGGGCUGGCGGGUGGAGAUGGAGGAUGCUCAUACAGCCAUUUUGGGACUUCCUGCUCCUGGCAUGACUGACUGGUCAUUUUUUGCUGUGUAUGAUGGUCAUGCUGGCUCAAAGGUUGCCAAUUACUGCUCUAAACAUCUUCUGGAACACAUAAUCAAUGCCAGUUUAAGGGUCAGAGGGACACAAGGCUCCCAGGCUGGCUUAGACAGCAAAACCUCAGCUCAAGCUCCUCCUACAGUAGAUGCUGUCAAAUCUGGGAUCCGUACCGGGUUCCUGGCGAUUGAUAAUCACAUGCGCAGCCUCUCAGACCUGCGGAAUGGCAUGGACCGUAGUGGCUCCACAGCAGUGGGAAUUCUUCUGUCACCUGAGCAUUUUUUCUUCAUUAACUGUGGUGAUUCUCGAGCUGUCCUUUACCGCAAUUCACAGGUGUGCUUUUCCACACUCGACCACAAGCCUUGUAAUCCACGUGAGAGAGAGCGCAUCCAGAAUGCUGGUGGGUCAGUGAUGAUUCAGAGGGUUAAUGGAUCACUGGCUGUUUCUCGAGCUUUGGGGGACUACGAUUACAAGUGUGUGGACGGAAAGGGCGCCACUGAGCAGCUGGUCAGCCCUGAACCAGAAGUGUUUGACUUGGUUCGGGCCCCGGAACAAGAUCAGUUUGUGGUCCUGGCAUGUGAUGGUAUCUGGGAUGUCAUGUCCAAUGAGGAUCUGUGCGACUUUGUGAAAUCAAGGCUUGAGGUGUCUGAUGACCUGGAAAGAGUCUGCAGUGAAGUGUUGGAUACAUGUCUGCACAAGGGGAGUCGAGACAACAUGAGUGUUGUGUUGGUGUGUUUGCCCAACGCUCCCAAAGUGUCAGAGGAAGCUGUGAGAAAAGACGCUGAGCUCAACAAUUAUCUGGAGUCUCAAGUGGAAGAGAUGCUGUCUCGCUCAGUACAGGAGGGAUUUCCAGACCUGGUAACUGUGAUGAGGAAUCUGUCGACUGACAGCGGGAUGCCACCUCUGCCUCCAGGGGGAGGCCUUGCCAGCAAACACGGUGUUAUUGAAGCAGUAUACAAUCGUCUAAUCCCAUACAGGGAGGAAGAUGGGCAGAUCAAGUAUUAAAAUGGCCCUCUGGUUUUUACAGGUAAAAGAAUUUUCUGAAACUAUGCUGAAAUAUUUCAAGUGGGGAAUCCCUUUGCAUCACAUUUUCACAUGUAAUUUUAAUACACCUGGGAUUAGAAUGCGUUAUUUUGUGAUGAGAUGGCGAUCUGAUAGCGCUUCACCACAUGCAUUUACACCUGGGAUUAACAUGCGUCUGUGGUUAGCCGCACAUGAAAUUGUGCUAUUGUAUGGACUCUUCGUUGCUUUUCGAGGGGAAGAAGUCGUCUUCGACACGUUGAAAACGUUAGCUGUGCUGGGUGGAGUGGAGACGUAAUUUUGUUUAAUGUAGUCACAGUGCAUCUCCGAUAACCUCCUGAAGUGGUUUGGCAGAUCGUAUGGCAAUCUGCCUCAGGUGUAUUUACACCUGUACUUACAAGUGGUCAGGCGCUAUCCGAUUGCAAUCAGACUACGGGUGACGCAUUUUAAUCCCUGAUGUAAAGAAGCCUGUUCCUUCCCCACUCCUCUGUUUUCUCAGUUCAAACACAGUUACCAGCAGGGGUUUUAUUUUUUAAAGCUAACACUUUCUAUAUCAGCCUGCAUUUAUUCAAUAACUGACACUAGAACAAUAUACUGCAUACAAUGAAGAAUGCCCGUAUCUGCCAGUGGUUCUAAAACAGUGUUGUGUUUCUCUUUUUGAGGGUGUCUCCAUGGUUGUGAGGUGAUCAGGUUUAGACCCACCAGGUUGAGCAAUAGGAAGGAGACAGUAAUGCAACAUUACGCAUGCCAACUGCCAUAAAACAACAACAGGACUCCAUGGUUGUAAAUUGAAAAUAUACUGUUCCUGCUGGAGGUCAGAUGUGGCUCUGUAUCUUUCGGCUUCGUGCCAUCUUUCUGUGAUAUUACAUUAUGUAAUGUCGUAUACCAAACAAUGGGGAGGAGUUCAAUUGAUUCCUUCAUUGAUUGAUUCCAUGAUUCAGUUUUAAAAUGAUAAGAUAUACAAAAUAAUCGUAGGAUAUUCACCGCAGGGAGAUCAUGCAAGACAGUCAUCAGUUAUGUCUCGUUCUCAAGCUCAAUAGGUUUCUCUUUGUCACCAGUGCAGUUAGUUGUUAAGGCACGGAAUGGGAAAUAAAAGAGACAUUUGUUUAUUUUGUAUUUAUUAAAGUUGAAGAUGUGUGACUCAAA